AAAGACUACUUUCAUGGGAGAUGAAUGCUAUUGAUUACGUGGAUUUCUUACGCUCCAAACAAACUUUAUGCCACGCGUUUUACUUAACCUAAAUAUCUUUAUCCUAUAUACAAACCACCUGGAACGCUCACGCGGAGAAAAUCGGAUUGCAUUAUCCCAGAAGAUAAUCUCGGUGAAAAUAAACAGGUUUAAUUUUACGAUGGCGCGAUGCUUUGCGGGACACGUGAUCCUUGCCAUCCAAUCCUGGCGCGGCAACGUUAGCGAUCUGUUCUUUGUUCUGGAUUUAUCAACGUUAUCGACUAAAUUACUCGUUUGCAGUUUAUGGAUUUAUAUGCACCAUGUCUUUAUUAACUAUAGAACGUUCUAUGUGCUUAAUCUUUAAAAAGGAAGACGUGUUUUCUGGAAUUCCUGCUUAAAACCGGUUUUAAGCCACACAAGUGUGUCACGUGUCUCGCCCUGCCCCCCACUUCGCGCCAAUGAAGAAGAAGUCGGACAUGUUUGAGGGAAAUGUGUUGAAUAAAGAAACGUGGCCGAAGACAAGAAGAAAAUCAGGAUUUUUUUUUCCCAACAAUGAGGAAUUCGACAUCUUUUGUUUUUACCUUUUAUUUUCAAUUCACUUAAUCUGGAUAGAGGUAUAUGUUAAUAGAUUGUUUUUUAAAUUGUUAGAAAACAAAAUGUUUUUAUUCUGAAACAUUGUUAAAUUGAUUUAGUGAGGCGGUCUAAUGUAAGUAAUUUAUAGAUAACAUGGAAUUCGGUCGAUUUUUGGUCUCCCACAUUCUAUGACAUUGUUUCAGAUUUGUAACCUUGGCAGUGGGGGAUGGGUGACAGUAAAUUUACCAAAUUUAAAAACCUGUUGUCCUGUGCAACUUAAUUUGGAGAUAACUCAAAGAUACAGUUUGUUGUGUCAGGUUAUUUAAAUACAGGCGAAUAUAAUUAAUCAAUUCUCGAUUAUUAAUAUCUUAUGUAAAGAAAGGCUGUUCAUCUAUGUAGUGUCCUCUACCAAAGUUACACGUAUUAUUUAAAAACGUUUAGUCUUUUGUUAUAGAACCAAGGAAGUUUUGGAAAAACAAACAUAGUUUGGUUUAUGUGGAUUAUUUUGGCUGAAGUAGGUCUCGGCUGCGGCCUAAACAGUAAUAGUCUUUUUGAACUUUUGUGAAAAUACUGAGUGUAAUUGCGAUUAUUCAAAUAAUUGAUUGCGUCCUUUUGUCUGUUUUGGCACAUAUUUCAGCGCUAAAUUAUGUUUUUAAAACACUGCUGAUCGUCGCUUAAGGGCCCAAACUGCUGCGUCAUUUUAUGGAGGACACUCCUUGUAGGCCAUGUUGAAUCGACAGAGAGAAUGGCGUCGAGUACAAGCUUUUAUCUGCUUUAAAAUCCGGUCUGAGUUGGUUUUAUUUAAUAUUCAACACUGUUGUUUUAAGAAUACUACAUUUUAAAAUACGCAACAUUGAUUUAGUCUCUGUUAGACAUGGGAUUACUUAUUUUUUUAAUAGUUUUUAUUGUUGGGCCUUAGGAAUAUUAGAAGGUUGCUUUUAUACGUUGUAAAGUUUUAAUGAUAUUUUGUGUAGUUUCGUGUGAUUUUUAGGCAGUCUAAAAGGAACAGAUAGCGAAGCGAGGCGAUCCUGCCUGUGUGAGCUGCAUUUGUCUGAUAUUCAUGACUAACCGGGUGGACCAAUGGCGUGCUUCCAACUUGCCCUGGAUGAACGCGCCUUAGUUUUGAAGGACCAAUCAGUGAGGUCGGUUGGACUUGCGUUGACGUAACAGAAACCCUGAGAAACGCAGUUUUCUGGAAACGUUGCCAUAUUCUCAAGUGUUUAAAAUUAUUAACGAGAACGUUUUGUUAAAUGUUGGUCCCGUAACCUUUGUGGCGGUAAUCCGUGUACAAGUGUUGUUGUUUUUUUAGCGAAAUAAACUGCUGUAAAUCGACAAACUGUGCUCAGAAGUGACGUGAAGGCGUGGCUUAUGUGAGUGGCAGGUAGGGUGGCCUAUAAAAUAUGCGUGGGCGUGUAAGUGUAGCGUCACAUCAGCCAAUGGAAUCAUCGUUGGGUUUAUAAAAAUUCGGGCGGAGCCUUAACGUCGCCAUUUCAGUGUAGCUCUGAGCUGGAGGAUAAAGGAAGUCAAAAAAAACAAGGCCGCGAAACUCUGAGAUUCGAACGAAACCGGUUUAUAAACUGAAUCUGGAUCCAUCCCGAUGGAGACGGCCCUUUACCCGCCCUUUGACAGCUCUUUGGGCGGGGGCGACGGCAUGCUAGGGGUCGCAAUGAUGGAGCACACCAUCUCCGGCCCCGGCAAGCGAAUCCGCAAGCCGUCGCUGCUGUACGAAGGUUUUGAAGGGCCUGCUCUGCCCCAGGCACCUCAAUGUGGACCCUCCCAACCCCCUGUGCAGGACCCCAAUCGACAGGGCCGCAUGACCAACCAGUUGCAGUUCCUCCAGAAGGCUUUACAGAAGACAUUAUGGAGGCAUCACUUUGCCUGGCCCUUCCAUGAGCCGGUGGAUGCUGCCAAGCUUAACCUUCCAGACUACUAUAAAAUCAUUAAGCAGCCAAUGGACAUGGGUACCAUCAAGAAAAGACUGGAGAACAAUUAUUACUGCAGUGCCAGCGAGUGCAUGCAGGAUUUUAACACCAUGUUCACCAACUGCUACAUCUACAACAAGCCAACAGAUGACAUUGUCCUGAUGGCUCAGUCUCUGGAGAAGGCUUUCCUACAGAAGGUGGCACAGAUGCCCCAAGAGGAAGAAGAAAUCCCCCCACCUGCUCCAAGGGGCAAACCAGGCAAACCCAAAAUAGGUCGCAAAUUAGUCCCAGGUGGAAUCACGACAGCUCAUCAGGUCCCCGCUAUAUCUUCCGUGUCCCAGUCGAUCUAUUCCCCUCCCACUCCAGACACCCCAGACUCUCUCCUCUCCACCCCACCCCAGACAAUUCUAGCCAAGACUUUGCCUACCACUCCACACAGCACCCCCACGCUGCUGGGCCUGCCUCCUACCCAACCUACUGCUAAGAAAAAGGGUGUCAAACGCAAGGCAGACACCACCACCCCCACCACCACUGGCAUGCCCCUCACCUUGGGCAUGGGUGGCAUUAAUCUUGGCAUUGGCGGCGGUGACUCCCCGCUCACUCUUUCUGCUUUGGGGGUGGACCCCAAUCAGAGCUUGUCGCUUGGCCUGGGCCAUGUCGGAGGCCUGGUUGGAGACAAAGUUCCGGCAAGACGGGGAGGCAGUGGCAGGCCCAUCAAGCCACCUCGGAAAGACUUGCCUGACUCCCAGAAUCAACAUCAACCGGUGCGACGUGGGAAGCUUAGUCAGCAGCUGAAAUACUGCAGUGGGAUUCUGAAGGAGCUGCUGUCAAAGAAGCAUGCAGCCUAUGCCUGGCCCUUCUACAAGCCUGUGGACGCUUCGACACUGGGACUGCACGACUAUCACGAUAUUAUCAAGUAUCCCAUGGAUCUUAGUACAAUAAAGAGGAAAGUGGAGCAUCGGGAAUACAGGGAUGCACUACAGUUUGCUGCUGACAUCAGGCUAAUGUUCUCAAACUGUUACAAGUACAAUCCCCCAGACCAUGAUGUGGUGGCCAUGGCCCGAAAAUUACAGGAUGUCUUUGAGUUCAGCUUCGCCAAGAUGCCAGACGAGCCUCUGGACUCUCUCCCACCUGCGUCCCUGGGCGGUGGCCUGGGCGGUCACUCCUCCUCUUCCUCCUCCUCUUCCUCCUCGUCAUCAGAGAGUGACGUGAGCAGCGAGAGUGAGAGCGAGAGCAGCCCAAGCUCUGACAGUGAGGAGGAGAGAGCGCAUCGCCUGGCCCAGCUUCAGGAACAGGUGUGUACUCAGUUGAGGGCGGUGCACGAGCAGCUGGCUGUGCUGUCCUCCACACCCAUUGUCAAGCCCAAGAAGAAGAAAGAUAAAAAGAAAAAGAAGAAGCCAGAAAAACAUAAGCGAGGGAGGAGUAUGAUGGAGGAUGAGGUGGUCAUUCGGCCACCAAAAACGCCAAAACUCCCCAAGACACCAAAGAGGCGGAGCAACAGCAAAUCGGCAAGCUCCACUCAGGGCAAAAAGGGCUCCAAUAAGAAAAGCAACAAGAGCAAAUCUUCAAAGAAAGCUCAAACUGCCUCUAUCAAUUCUUAUCCCAUGAGCUACGGUGGCCUUACUCCCCACUAUGACUCCGAGGAAGAGGAGGAGACCAGCCCCAUGAGCUACGAUGAAAAACGGCAGCUCAGCCUGGACAUUAACAAGCUGCCGGGCGAGAAACUGGGCCGUGUUGUCCACAUCAUCCAAGCACGAGAGCCCUCGCUACGUGACACCAACCCGGAGGAGAUUGAGAUCGACUUUGAGACUCUUAAACCAUCCACACUGCGGGAACUGGAGCGCUACGUUAUGAUGUGUUUACGGAAGAAACCACGGAAACCAUUUGUGGCAACCAAAGCUGUGGCCGGUAAAUCUCGUGAGGAGUUGGCUUUGGAGAAAAAGAGAGAACUUGAAAGAAGACUGCAAGACGUCAGCGGUCAACUCAACUCCGCCAAGAAACCACAGAAAAACAAAGUGGAGAAGCCCACCACAGUGGAAGCCCACCACGCCAUGGCCUCUCGCCUCAGCGCCAGCAGCUCCAGCUCAGACUCGUCUUCAUCCUCUUCCUCAUCCUCUGAUACCAGUGAUUCGGACUAAGGCUGAGCAAUUUGAAAGAACGGACAUGGAGAUUUCGCAUUAAAACACACUCCAUCCCAAGCCAGAAUGGAACCCCUGCUCUAAAAUAACAGAAAUUUAUGAAAAGGAAGAGUAGGCUUUUUCUUCUAGAUGUAUGGGAGCAGAGGGCGAGUUAAAGAGAAAAGCAAGAAUUUCUGGGAAAUAUUGGACAGAGAGACAUGUAGGAAGGAGCUGAUGGUAAAGAAGUCCAUCCUUUGUGUAUAUACAUGUACAAAGCUAUAUAAAUAUCUAUUUUUUCUUUUAUAAAGAAGAAUUUUAAUGAAUUCCCUGGUAGGGAAGGAACAUUUGUGAAAAACAUUUUCUCCCUAUUUUUUUGUUUGACCCAUUAGUUGUUUGUCCUCAAGAAAACAACAGGCUUGGAUAAACUACUGUCACUUUUGUUUGCAUGAGUGAGUGUAUGAUCUGUGUGACAUUGAAUCCAGUGGUUGGAAAACCACUUUGGGUGCAUUUUACCCACUUGCGCACACAUGUAUGUUUUGCAGCUUGGUUCUGCAAAUUGAAUGAACCUUCCAAGCUUUAGUGAAAACAGAGCUCCACCUAUUCAAAUGGCAUCUGUUGACCUAGCAGAUAAGAGAACACCCAUCACCGUUCAAUGGGCAACCCGUUGGCUUUAGUGGCAUCUUAACUUGAAUCCUAUCACUUCUCCAUCCAGCCUGCUUUAUUCCAAAAAGAAACAAUGUAGUCAAAUGAAUAGGUUUUGAAAAUUCCAAUAGUUUUAAUACAAAAAUACAGAUGAAUGCUCUUUAAAAUCAUCUGGGCUAUAUGAGCCUUAAUUUCUCUGGACACAUAAAUUAAAUUUUACACUUAACGUGGUUUCAGUCACAAGAUUUUUUUGAGUCGUAGAUGCACUAUCAGAGGUACAGAGCUGCUUUAAUUAGGUGUGAAUAUGAAUACUGUUUGUAAAUCUUGGUUUUUGAGUUUUAGUCUGGUUGUUUUAUUUGUUUAUGUGUGUAUAUUAAUGAUUAUUUGCCCAGAGAAUUAAUGCAAAAUCUAUGGGGUUAACAAAAUGACCCAACACCUCAUAUUCAGUACAUCCAGGAUUAUAAAGAUUGAACAUAUAGUUUCUAUAAUAUACAGAAACAUCAUAGAACAUGCCAUUAGAUAACAUAAAAAGAUCAGCUGGAUUUUUUUUCCUUCCAUAAUGUGUACAUAUGUAACAGUUUCACAGCCUUGCAGCUUGCAUCUGUCAAUAUGACCCGAUUUCUGUAUCCUGCUGUUUAAAAAAAAAAAAACACACAAAAAAAAAACAAUUUGUUUGUUUACUCCUGUCUUUAGAUCUUCUCUUUAGUGUUGUGGCUGGUUGUUUCCACAGUUCAUUAUAGUUUUGUUUUUUUAAGAUAACAGCAACAGGAAAAAAGUAAAUACAAGCAUCAUCUUAACAGAUGAUUCAUGUGACCAUGAUUCUCAUUUGAAGAAGUCCACAUUAAUAAACAGGGUGAGAUGUCCUUUA